GACAGUUGGAAAUACGCGCAUGAGUGUUUUGUUAACAAAAUGAACGAUUAAUUUUCACGUCGAUAUUUCUAUAAGUAUUCCGGGCUGUUUCGUAGCAAAACGUCUGCAAAAUGAUUCGAACAUUGAAUCUCAUCCUGACGGAAUGGCGGCCGAGAAAUUGCAGACAAUUUGUCACGAGUAUGAGCGACCCAACGUUUCUGAAUAAUCUAUAUUUGCCAGCUUGAAACUAGUACUCUAGCUAAUAUAGAGCGUUGCUUUUUCCCAUCCUAACGUUUUCGACUAUGUUCUUCUCGGAGAAACAAAAAUUAAAUGAGUGAUCUGCGUUUAGAUACUUCGCUGCUGAAAAUAAAGCAAGACGUAGACGCGUUUGUAGAAAGCGAGCGGGAGGAAUCGCCACGAAUGAAGCAAUUCCACGAAAAGCUCAAAUUACAGCCGAUACCAAAAGUAGGACCACGAGAACGGUUUGUGGAUCUAGUGUUGGUGGAAAUUGACUCGAAAACUGGAGAAUUGAUAGCAGAUUGCGAAAAGGAGCCUACUAAAUGGGGAGAUUGGCAACAUCGUGGUAGAGUCACCGAUUUCUGAAAUGAAAGAGUUGUAUGCUCA